UCUCUCUGAUCUAGUGCUCAUGGUGACCCUUUGCAUGAGUUUCCGGGACUUGGGCUAGAUUGCCAGGAUUUUACUUGCCGGCAGACGCGUAGAACUGUGUCGGGGAUCGUGUUGAUGAACUUGUGUCUGUUGGUGGUUCAUAUGAGCGUCAUUUGUUGGUGUUGAAUUAGUGUGGAACGCUAGAACGGCUGGUUGCGAGAGCGGUUGGGGUGCUAAAAGUCAGGUCUGGAGCCCUCGAUCCAUGACAAAACCAAGUUUCUUCUACCGACAAGAACACUGGUUCGUCUCUGUGGAAUUGACGUGACGAUUGGGCAUCUUCAUCUACGUGUAGGCAGACUCACCAGAGGUCUGAGGGGCGAGCCAGUGGACUAUCUCCGCAGAUCGGACUACUCAGCUGUUUUGUUCAGUGAUGGAUAAAGCUCCCGGUACUGAGCCCUCCGCAAAGUCUACUCGAGAUGAUGUCCCGCUUCGGGGUAACAAAGAGGAAGUUAGGAUUCGUGUCCACGACCAUGACGAGCACACGUUUGAGCCAUCGCCUCCGGUGCCCCAGAAGCCCCAGCCAUUCAACCCCAAGAAGCACCGAUACUUCCCCAUUGCGGUCCCAGUGAUAAUGAUAGGGAAUAUCGUCGUCUUCAUCAUGAUGAUGUACUACAACAAUUGCCCCGACCACAUUCAACCCGGAAGGAAAUGUGUCGGUGCGUGGAUGAAGCCCAUGUCGUUUCAACCUUGGGACGAGAAUCCCAUGCUUGGACCUCGAGCAGCUGCGAUUUUGAAGUGGGGCGGACUGCUAAGCUCCCUCGUGACUGAUAAAGGCCAAGGAUGGCGACUUGUUUCCUCCAUAGCUCUUAAUGGCGGAGUUUUUCAGCUCAUCGCGAAUCUGACUGCGUUGCUCGGGGUGGGACUUCGUAUUGAGACCUAUUUCUGGUUCACUAGAGUUGCAAUCAUUUACGCCACUUCUGGUUUCGGAGGCAAUGUGCUCUCCACCCUCUUCAUUCAAGAUCAAGUAUUCGUCUCGGCGUCGGCGGCAGUGAUGGGUUUGAUAGGAGCGAGCCUGGCCGACGUACUCACGAACUGGGACAUGACGGAGUGGAAGCUUCUCAAGUUGACGGACUUAUUGCUCUUCUCUCUCAUCAGCCUCGGUUUCGGACUGAUGCCACAAGUAGACAACUUCGCCAACGCCGGCGGCUUCUUCACAGGGUUUUGUCUGGGCUUUGUCCUUUUGAUGCGCCCGCAGAGGGGAUUCAAGGACACGCGCCACUUGUCCCAACUGGAAGCCUUCAUCGUUAACAGCCAGGACCCUGAUCUUCCCCCUGUUAAAAUGCACAACAAGAAACAAAGAUCGAUGCAAAUCCUCGCAAGUAUCGUAGUCAUUGGCUUGCUGGCCGCCGGAACAGUUGUCCUCUUCAUCAAUAUGAAGGUCAACAAAGGUUGCUCCUGGUGCCGUUAUGCGGCGUGCGUCCCCGAUUUGAAAUGGACCUGUCCCGGACCUUACCGAACUGCAUAAAUCCUGAACUACUGAAUCACGACUGUCGCUAGUUGAAUGAACUUCUGCCCACUCCCGGAAAUCGCUGCCGCUCGUACCCAAGGCGACCUCUUCGAAUCCGUUGAAGCUUUGUAACGGUAGGUUAGGGCUAAUUUUGGCACUAGUGUUUUGAGCAUCUGUUUGCCGGGAUCGAAGAUAAAGUUGAAAGGCUUUCCCAGCAUUCUUUUCGUCGUUCUGGGGGGCGUGGAGACUGAUCCGAACACCUGGGCUAUGUGUGAUGCGCAAUCAGAUAGAUGAUAUUCACGGUGAAUCAUAGCGAAAGUUAGUCUGCUCUGAACCCUGGUUUCUUUUCUCAAUAAAAAAAAAGAAACCCCAGUAGCAGCGGCGGUAUAUCCAUCAGCAGUGCUUUUUCCCUUCGAAGACUGAAACUCUUUCUGCAUACACUCAGUUCUUUUGUGCUUUACAAGCACGCAAUUAUUAUGUUUCUGCUUUAGAUCUUCACUGUAUUUCAACUGUGUUAACUCGCCAAACACAUAAUUCAUAAUAUAUAAAAAUGAUUAGCUAAGGU